AACAGAAAGAAAAAGAUAUUCAUCGUUGCUGUUCUGUCUUGACUAGGAAAGAAAAGAAAAAAAUCUGCUGUUUACCAUCAUCAUCGUGUGGAAAAAGAAAAAAACUUUUGCAACUAUAAUAAAUUUAUAAAUUUCAUUUUGUAGUGCGUAAUUUGUGUAAUUUUUUGCUCUCUCUCUCUCUCUGUGAAAAUUUAUAACAAUUUUCAUUUGUGAUAUAUACUAAAGUCGACUGUAAAAAGAAACAAAGAAAACUCAAUUCGAAAAAAUGUCCUACGCAUAUUUAUUCAAAUACAUCAUCAUUGGAGAUACUGGUGUUGGCAAAUCAUGCCUGUUAUUGCAGUUCACCGACAAGCGAUUCCAGCCCGUUCAUGAUCUGACUAUUGGUGUUGAAUUUGGAGCAAGAAUGAUAACAAUCGAUGGCAAACAAAUCAAAUUACAAAUUUGGGAUACUGCUGGACAAGAAGCAUUUAGAUCGAUCACACGUUCGUAUUAUCGUGGAGCUGCCGGUGCAUUGCUUGUCUAUGAUAUCACAAGACGCGAGACAUUUAAUCACUUGACAACUUGGUUGGAAGAUGCCAGGCAACAUUCGAAUUCAAAUAUGGUCAUUAUGCUGAUUGGUAAUAAGAGUGAUUUGGAUUCACGGAGAGAAGUGAAAAAAGAAGAAGGCGAAGCUUUUGCUCGUGAACACGGACUUGUAUUCAUGGAGACAUCAGCUAGAACUGCUGCCAAUGUUGAAGAAGCUUUCAUUAACACCGCCAAGGAGAUUUAUGAAAAAAUUCAAGAAGGUGUCUUUGACAUCAACAACGAGGCAAAUGGAAUCAAAAUUGGACAGCAACAUUCCCCGACAAAUCCGGCUUUGCCUGGCUCUGGCAGUCAGGGUGGUCCAGCUGGAGGCAGUUGCUGUUAAAAGUAACACUGUCAUUUUAUUUUUUUACAAAUUUAUUUUUUCAAUAACAAAUUAAAAUAAACAAAAAAAAAAACAAAA